CCCGCUCUCAUAUUACCUGGGCUCCUGUCAGCGCACCAACUUGUUAUUCCCUUUACACUCUGGGCUCGCUGCAGGCAGCAGGACGUCUCUAACUUCAGCUUCAAGGUAGUUAACCUGCACAGGCUGUGGCAUCACCAGUGUUGGAGGCUUUUAAGAGCUGUUGCAGAAGCAUCUGUCAGAUCAGCCGUCGCACAAAGCCUUCACCGUUUGAGUUACCAAGGAAGUCUCUUUGCCUUUUCAAACUGGUUCGUUUCCCCCAAGGUUCAUCCAUUUCUUUUUCCAGAUGUGUGGUGGUCAGCUGCCUGCCGGGUUAAACCAUGACAGUUUCUCAUCUCACGUAUGUGACUAAAGUACAAAGAAGAUACUGCUUUUCAACAGAAAACCAUGCAAGCAGAUGAGAAGAUCUUUUCAUGAAACACCGUAUCCUCCGAGAGGAAUGGCUAGCACUUUCUGUCGUCUCCUGGCUGGCCGUGCAACCACUGCACUCUUUGCAGCCGCAGGCACCGGGGUGCUAACCACCGGGUACCUCCUCAACCAGCAAAAUGUGAAGGCUGCUGUUCAGGAAAAAAGGAAACUCUUCCCUCCAAGCGCAGACUAUCCUGAUCUCCGCAAACAUAACAACUGCAUGGCUGAGUGCCUUACGCCGGCCAUUUACUCUCGUCUAAGGGACAAGACGACUCCCAACGGCUACACUCUGGAUCAGUGCAUCCAAACCGGGGUUGACAAUCCUGGCCACCCUUUCAUUAAAACUGUGGGCAUGGUCGCAGGUGAUGAAGAAUCCUAUGAGGUGUUUGCUGACAUUUUUGACCCUGUCAUUAAAGUGAGACAUAACGGCUAUGAUCCACGGACAAUGAAGCAUCACACGGACCUGGAUGCAUCCAAGAUCACCCAUGGUCAAUUUGAUGAGCGCUACGUCCUCUCAUCACGAGUGCGGACUGGCCGCAGCAUCCGGGGCCUCAGCCUUCCUCCUGCCUGCAGCAGGGCAGAGCGGAGAGAGGUGGAGAACGUUGUGGUCACCGCGCUCUCUGGGCUGAAGGGAGACCUCUCUGGAAAGUACUACAGCUUGACCAGUAUGACCGAGAGGGAUCAGCAGCAGCUUAUUGAUGAUCAUUUUCUCUUUGAUAAGCCAGUGUCCCCUUUGCUAACAUGUGCUGGGAUGGCACGUGACUGGCCAGAUGCCAGAGGAAUCUGGCAUAACAAUGACAAGACAUUUCUCAUCUGGGUUAAUGAAGAGGACCACACUAGGGUGAUCUCCAUGGAGAAGGGUGGCAACAUGAAACGGGUGUUUGAAAGGUUUUGCCGUGGUUUAAAAGAGGUGGAAAGAUUAAUUAAAGAACGGGGCUGGGAGUUCAUGUGGAACGAGCGUCUUGGAUAUGUUCUGACCUGUCCUUCCAACUUGGGAACUGGUUUACGUGCUGGAGUCCAUGUUAAGUUGCCCAAGCUUAGCAAGGAUCCCAGGUUUCCAAAAAUCCUGGAGAACCUGCGUCUGCAAAAGCGUGGCACUGGUGGAGUGGACACAGCAGCUGUAGCAGAUGUGUAUGAUAUCUCCAACCUGGACCGCAUGGGUCGCUCAGAGGUGGAGCUAGUCCAGCUUGUCAUUGAUGGGGUCAAUUAUCUAGUUGACUGUGAGAAGAAACUGGAAAGAGGUCAAGACAUCAAAGUGCCACCGCCAUUGCCUCAGUUUGGCAGGAAGUGAUCUUGCUGCCGAUAGUGGCAACUGAUGGCAAAUAUGACUGCCAUUCUGACAGAAAGGCACCUCUGUAUAUCUCUGUAUAAAUAUCUGGUGUAAUAAAACACUACCUGAUA